AUGAAAGCGGUGGUGCAGCGGGAGUCCAGUGAAGACCAGUUUGACGACAACGAGGCGGUCGAAUAUUUUGAGGACGAGUUUGCCAUGGAAGACGAAAAAGGGAAAAGCGCAGCGCGGGAGAAUAAGGGACGCAAGAGGGGAAGUCAAAAGGGAGUCAAAUCAAUCGACACGAAAGAGGAAGGAAAGGAGGACAAUUCACAGGAUGAUAUCGCUCCAAAACAGCAGGAGGACCCCCUUGCCGAGCAGGAAAAACUGGAGAGGGAACGCAAAAUCGAGUUCAUCAAAAGGGUAGAAUAUAUGCUCCAGGAAGACGAAAAAAAUGAAAAGCUGUACGAAGAGAGAGAAGACAUUGAAAAAAUGCGGUUCGGAGAAAAGCCACCCCCAGGAAGCCAAGAACUCAUGGAGACGAUUUUAAAAAAUGUGCACACAGAGAAGCCGACCGAAGUACCAAAUUCCUCAACUCAAAAGGAGAAAUACGAUCUGAGGAAAAAACACCUUUUUUACGAACUGCUCCGAAUUAGCAACUCCAACAGUUUCCACACACACAAAAUAUACACCCACGCCGAUUUGAUAUAUGGAAUGAAGUACAGAAAGUUGGGAGAAAGCAACCUGUGUGUAAGUGAGCUUUGUAUAGGCACCAACAUGUACGAAAAUGAGAACUUCAUCAGCAAAGACGAUGUGAAUGUACUGCUGAACAUGGCAUUUUACGAAUAUGGAAUAAAUUUUUUUGAUAUUUGUGAAUAUGACCCAUUUCCACAUGACCCCGUCAGCUACAAAAAGGGGAAAAAUAAAAACAUGAAAUUAUUCCUCAAAGAUAAGAAAAGAGAAAACAUCAUCAUAAAUUUACGAAUGUGUUCCUCAAGAAAUGUGGACAAAAUUACCCAUGGAGAAUAUUACCUAAGUUGGAUUAUGGAAGAUCUGAAGGAUGACACUCCUACCUUUUACAACAUAGAAGAAAGACUAGAUAAAAUUCUGAAAAAUUUAAAUACCAAUUAUGUGGACAUUUUAACCAUUGAUAUGCCUGAGCGGUACAUACCAAAUGGUGCAAAAGGGGAAGACACUUACGUAUGGGGGUUUGAAAAUUUGAGUUCCUCACAGGAUAUACAAAAUGGAAAAAACGUAAUGUCGAUAGAAGAACAGUUUGACAUUUUGGAGAAGUUAAUUCUCAAAGGGAAGGUACGACAUAUUGCUGUUUCGAACGAAUCUGUUUGGGGAAUAUACCAGUGGUGUAGUUUGGCAAAAAAAAAAAAAAAAAAAUUUAUGAAAAUUGUGUGUACACAGAAUUUGUACAAUUUGUUACACAGAAAUGAGGUGGAAUCAUCCGGUCUUGUAGAAAUGAUGUUGCGAGAAAAUUUUAAUGUACCGCUUGUUCCUUAUGGUUUGCUAGCUGGGGGAAUACUAACAGGGAAGUAUUUAGAUCCAGAGAGGUAUCACACUAUGGGACCGGACACCAUCCUGGGGGAUGAACAGCUCGAUCACGACUUGGAUGACUCUAAAGGGAACAAAGCCGAGGAUUACGGAUAUUUAUCUUACGGCCCAAGGAAUGGCCGAUGUAAUAAGUACCCCUAUCUGUACAAAUCACACAGAUGUGUGUGGGCUCAAGAUGCGACAGGCGAAUACAUGAAGUUAGCUAGAUCGCACGGCAUGUCCCUAGCCCAGCUAAGCUUAAGCUUCGUUUAUAGUAGACCAUUUGUUGCUUCCUCCAUAAUUGGCCCCAGAACCAUAGGCCAGUUAAAAGAUUCCGUCCUCACACUUAACUAUCCAUUGUAUCAACACACAGAGUGGGAUUUGCAUGAAAUUUUCCUACGAUAUAGAGGAUGCACCAUGGAUGGAAAUACAAUUCUUAAUAGUCUUAAGGACCCAAACAAAACUAGCCAAACGGCUUUCUACAAAAGUGCAAACAUCCCUAUACUGAGUGGAGGGUCCCAUUGGAAUAAUUACCCCCUCCCAUUUUUUAACAAAAGGUAUGAAUACACUGAUAUGAAGGAAGAACACGAUCGCAUAAAAUCCACCUUUGGAUUGAAUGACGAACCAAAUGAUUCAAAUUUCAUCAGCUCCCGGAUAUGGGUCGAAAGGGAAAAAAAAAAAGGAGAAUACUUCGCCCUAAAAGAAAGCAAACUCUUCGAAUGGGACAAAUACAAAAUAUACAAAGGAGUAAUGACCAAAUUAAGUAACAAAGAAAAGUACCUAUAUGAUACCUCCGACUUCCAUUUCUACUAUAAGGGUAACAACAUUUCGGUGGUCCCUACCGAUGAGGAAAUUUCGAACUUUUAUGAAAACCGGGAAAAGGUGAAGAAGGUCAUCAGCCAAACCAUAAAUGACUGCCAAGAGCUGUAUCAGUAUCAAGAACAGUUGGGCCAGGAAAUGCCGGACAUUUUUAACAACCUCAACAUCGACCUGAUUUAUAAACAGCUGUUGAACAGGCACAACAUUAACCCCUUGGAUAAGGACGAACUGAAUUCCAUAUACCAGUACAUCAAGCUGACUCCUGCGGAGUUAAAGACGGAGGAUUUCUGGUACAUCUACAAGUACAACCCGCUCGACACGUCCUUUGCCUUCCGCACGGGAACCGAGCCGUGA